AUGUCGAAAGAAACAGCGUCUAUGAGAGAAAUACAACACAACCGACAACUCAUUGUACAAGCUCUAAAUAAGAACACAACAAACUUUUCAAACUAUUCUAAGAUAUCUGAGUCAUUGAAAGAAGGAAACUUAAAACUGACAUUAAACCCAAUGACAGACGAGUUUCUAUUUCAAGACAGUAAGAACCAUACUGUUUGUAUAAAUCCAACAAAAAGAACUUUAAACGAGAAACCUAUAGAUGAACUUCUUUUGAAGGCAGAUAUUGACAACAAAGCUGACAAAGAGUAUGUUGACGAUGAGUUAGCACGUGUGGCUAGUGCGUUAGUGAAGAAGGCAGAUAAGGAAUAUGUGAAUGAAAAAGAUGAAAAAAUUAUAGAAAGGGUUGAAUGGUACCAUGAACGGACAACAAAGAUUUUAAAAGGUAAAGCCGAUACAGGGUGGGUUUCAGGAUGUUUAGACCUUAAAGCGGAUAAGAACCAUACACAUACCAUUGCAAAUAUUACAAACUUACAAGAAACCUUAAACAGGAAAAGUGACGUUGGACAUACACAUACCAUUGCAAAUAUUACAAACUUACAAGAAACCUUAAACAGGAAAAGUGACGUUGGACAUACACAUAGCUUCUUCGCAACUGUUG